CUAAGGUCACUUCGACACUGGGAACCCUAGAGGACUCCAACGGACGGAGGCCAUUCUACUCUCUCCCGGACCUUCUUCUUUCUCCCUUCCGAGAUCGAGAUGGUGAAAAAGCGGAUUCCCGAUUGGAUGAACAGCUAGCUCUCUCUGGUCUGCUCCCCCUCCAACUCCGGACGAAGAAGAUGAAAACACCGACGAUGAAGACCGUAAUCGCAUCGUCACAACCGCCGGAAAAUCUACCGCUUCUACUGAAUAUUCAACUCCCUCUCAGUCGCCGGUUCGAGAAUCUGCACCGGUGCUUGUCCCUCCGCCGGUAAUAAUGAUCAAGCCGGAGACUCUGAAGGUGAAAGCUAGGGAGGGAUCAAUCGAGUUAUGGCGGUGAUAAUGGUAGCUCUGUCAGUUCAUCUGCCGAGGAAUUGUCUCGACAAGCUCAGCUCAUGCAAGAGAUGCUUGUAUUCUACCCAUGUUGCCUGAUGAGAGUAUUGUUUUCAUUAGCUUUCAAGGAAAGUGAUAAUAAAUAUGGGCCAACUGCGAAGAAUUGCAUCAACAGGGUAUACCAGAUGGUGCUGGAAUCCGAGCAACAGUGUACGUGGUCCGAGUUAAUUGCUUAAAGUGAGAUGGAGAAAUGUAGAAAUCUGUUCAAAUAACUAAAUCCUUUAUCAAGAUAAGUUAUCAUUUUAAAUAUCUUGAAUUUGAGACUUAUUUCUUUGCAUGAGAUCUAGCUUUUAUUGGGAUAUUUACCACCUGAUCGAGGGCUCUGGGCAUCUGAACUAGCCAAAAAGAGGUCUCAGUACAAACAUUUCAAGGAACAACUUAUGAUGAAUCCUUCUAUUACGAGGAGGGUGGGGAAGACAAAUCUUGGGAAAGAGGAAGCAAAAUGUGAAAAUGGUGGCUUACUCUCAAGAUCAGAUAUAUCUCAUGGAGAACACCCUUUGAGUCUUGGGACGGACAGCGUAUGGAAUAAGUUCUUUCAGGAUUCAGAGAUCAUAGAGCAGAUAGACAGAGAUGUAAAACGUACUCAUCCUGACUUGAAUUUUUUUUUUGGGGACACCGAAUUUGCAAAAUCAAACCAGGAAUCUUUGAGAAGCAUAUUGAUAAUCUUUGCAAAGUUGAAUCCGGGCAUAAGAUAUGUGCAAGGAAUGAAUGAAAUUCUGGCACCUUUAUUCUACGUCUUCAAAAAUGACCCUAAUGAGGAAAACUCGCUCUCUGCAGAAGCAGACAUGUUCUUUUGCUUUGUUGAGUUGUUAAGUGGAUUCCGGGAUCAUUUCUGUCAACAGUUGGAUAACAGUGUUGUUGGGAUCCGUGCUUCAAUUACCAAUUUGUCUAAAAUUGUGAAAGAACAUGAUGAGGAGCUUUGGCGUCAUCCUGAGAUCACAACAAAGGUAAAUCCUCAGUUUUAUGCAUUCAGAUGGAUAACUCUUCUCCUGACUCAAGAGUUCAAUUUCGCCGACAGUAUCCUCAUCUGGGACACACUUUUAAUUGAUCCUGAGGGUCCCCUUGAAACUCUACUUCGAGUUUGCUGUGCGAUGCUGAUAAUUGUUAGAAGACGUUUACUAGCUGGCGACUACACCUCUAACCUCAAAUUACUGCAGAAUUAUCCUCCAUCGAACAUCAGCCACUUGCUCUAUGUAGCCAACAAGCUUCGGACACAAUGAGUUUCAUAAAUAUUUGCUUUUGUAAAAUUUAUCCACAAAUUAACAAAGAAAAAAAAAAGGAUUGUAAAUGUCUUGAAAUCAGAACAGCUGCUGUCAAUCAUUGAUAUUUUGCAGGAAGUUUUUACCCUUGUGAUA